UGGGGGGAGGGGGUUGGGGAGGGUCAGGACUCCUGGGUUCUCUCUCCAGCCAUUGGUGAUGAUGGGGAAAGUCCCUUUGCCUUACUUCCUGCCGAAAGGACAGUGCCAUGGAAGCUCUAUGUUCCUGUGCCUUCCAGUGGUUGUGAUGGGAAUUGCUCCCCUGUGUGUCCUAUACCCUAUACUGCUGACUGGAGAAUUGCCUCCAACCCAGGUGCUGGAGGCCAUGCUCUGCAGGGUACUGGGCACUAAAGUCAGUUCCCCCGCCAAAUCCGUCACCAUGUGGACUAAUGCUCCCCCUCUCUUUCCCCAGCAGCUCUUCCCAAUGUGAAUCCGGCUUCUGACUCUGUCGUGGGGGGAGAAAGGCCCAGCAGCCGCAUCAGCACCCGUGCUCCGCUAGCGACCCGGACAGGCGGGCGCCCGCAGAUCCCCCUACCCUCGGAUAUCCCCCAGCACGCUCGGACCCGCAAGCCGCUGCCAUCUGGGUUUGGUGCCGUGGGCCGAGCUUCCCACGGUGAGGGGCGUGGGGCUGUAGCCAGCAGGUCAUAGGACAACAGAAGCUAAACCCAACGCACACGCAGAGGGCGAUGGCCGCCGAGACGCUCAAUUUUGGACCGGAAUGGCUCCGCGCGCUGUCCAGUGGGGGGAGCGUGGCCUCCCCCCCGCCCUCUCCUGCCAUGCCAAAGUACAAGCUCGCGGACUAUCGCUACGGCAGAGAAGAGAUGCUAGCACUUUAUAUCAAAGAGAACAAGGUCCCGGAGGAGCUCCAGGAUAAGGAAUUUGCUGCCAUUCUCCAGGAAGAGCCGCUGCAGCCGCUGGCCCUGGUCCCGCUAACGGAGGAGGAGCAGAGGAAUUUCUCCAUGUCGGUGAACAGCGUGGCGGUGCUGAGGCUGAUGGGAAAAGGAGGUGGAGCCGCUCCUGCUGGAGUCUCCCGGGGGAGAGGCAGUACCCGGAGCCGAGGCCGGGGCCGAGGCGAGAGCGGGUUUUACCAAAGAAGUCCGGAGGAGCCAGAGGGGGCGUUCGGGCGCGGGGCCCGGGAGAUCCACCGCAGCCAGAGCUGGGACGACAGGGGUGAGCGGCGGUUCGAGAAGCCGACCCGGCGGGAUGGAACCCGGGCUCCCUUCGAGGAAGGGGCCCCGCCCCCCCGCAAGGAGUACGCCCGCUCGGACAGCGACAACUGGCGGACGCUUCGGGAGGAGCAGGAGGAGGAAGAGGAGGGGGGCGGGGGCGCCGGCCCCACCCCCACCGGGGCGGCUGCAGGGGGCAGCUGGCGGCUCAGUGGGGCCCGGCGUGAGAGCGAGCGCUGGCGGUCGGCCAGCCCAGAUGGCGCGCCCCGCUCGGCCGGCUGGCGGGAGCACCCUGAGGGCCGGCGCCGCAAGUUCGACUUUGACUUCCGGGAGCGGGAGGAGGAGCGGGGCGGGCGGCGGCACCGGGGCAGCGACAGCUUCGAGGACGACAAGGACGGGCUGCCCGAGUGGUGCAUGGACGACGAGGACGAGGAGAUGGGCACCUUCGACUCCUCCGGCGCCUUCAUGCCCCUCAAGAAGAGCCCCAAGGAGCCAAUCCCUGAGGAGCAGGUGUUCGACUUCCAUCCGCUGCAGGAAGAUGAUGAGAGGUCGGAAGGGAAGGACGCCGCCGAGCCCGGCUCGAAGGAGGCCCCCGAGAAAGAGGCCUGGAAGGAUCCCUCGAUGGCCCCGGAGGAGAAGCGAUGUUCCCCGCCCGGCGCCCCCUGGCUCUCGGGCCCCCCUUUUGCUGCUACUGUUGCCACUGCCGCUAGUGAAUGUGAGAGCGCCCCCCUGGGGGGCUCAGAGCCCGCCGCGCCCCUCGGCCCCUGCGACAAGGAGCCGAAGCCUGCUGGGGAAGGGGACCCAGGCAUCCUGAGCCUCCCGUCUCAGCUCAGCACGGGUGCGGUCUCCACCCUCUCCUCCCCUUCCUCCACCACCAAUGCUGCUACUGAAUUCUCCAUUGGAGACGCCGAGGACGACGACGGGAUGAAACAUCUUCAGCAGGAAGCAGAGAAGAUGGUGGCCUCGCUCCAGGAGAGCUCCAUGGACGAGGAGCGCUUCACCCAGGCCAUCCAGGAGCCGCGCAACACAGCCGCCGCCCUGCCCCUCUCCCACGAGGCCGCCAUGAAGUGGUUCUACAAGGACCCCCAGGGGGAGAUCCAAGGGCCCUUCACCACGCAGGAGAUGGCGGAGUGGUUCCAGGCCGGCUAUUUCACCAUGUCGCUGCUGGUGAAGCGCGGCUGCGACGAGGGCUUCCAGCCGCUGGGCGAGGUGAUCAAGAUGUGGGGAAGAGUGCCUUUCGCGCCGGGCCCGUCGCCACCCCCACUGCUGGGGAACCUGGACCAGGAGCGGCUGAAGAAGCAGCAGGAGCUGGCAGCUGCCGCCCUCUACCAGCAGCUCCAGCAUCAGCAGUUCCUGCAGCUCAUCAACAGGUACCUGCCCGACAGGCCGCAGUUCGCCCAGUGCGCGCUCCAGCAGAAGCUGGCGGCCGGGGACCUGACCCAGCAGCAGCUCACGGCUUUCCUGCAGCAGCUGCAGGCUCUGAAACCCAGAGCCGGGGAGCAGAACCUGAUCCCGGCGAUGAACCGCUCCAUGUCCGUGCCAGACACAGGGUCCCUGUGGGACGCGCAUACCUCAGCCUCACAGCCUGCAGGCGGUGAGGCCAGUCUAUGGGAUUUACCAAUUAAUUCUUCAACUCAGGGUCCAAUCUUAGAACAACUGCAACUGCAACAGAAACUCCAGGAGCGCCGCGACGCGGAACUCAGGGCGAAGAGGGAGGAGGAGGAACGCAAGCGGCGCGAAGAGAAGCGGCGCCAGGAGGAGCAGAAGCGGCGCGAGGAGGAGGAGCUGUAUCGGCGCAAACAGUGCCGGCAGCAGGAGCUGGUGCUGAAGCUGCUGCAGCAGAGCCAGGCGCAGAGCGCGGCGCCCUGGGGGGGGCUGGCCAAGGCCCCCGGGGGCAUGAAGGCCCUGCUGGAGCUGCAGGAGAGCGAGCGGCAGCUGCAGAAGCAGCAGCGGGCGCAGCAGAGAGUGCACGGGGGGCUCGGCAUGAGCAGCCCCUCGCAGUGGGGCGCCGACUCCAGCCUGCUGUGGGGCCAUGAGAAGAACAGCCUGUGGGACGAGAGCGGCAAGAACCUGAGGAGCCUGGGGCUGAAGAGCAGCCGCAGCAGCCCCUCCCUUGGGGACAGCUACGGGGGGCCGGGCCGGCAGAGCCGGAAGAAGACGGACGAGGAGGAGAAGCUGCUCAAACUGCUGCAGGGGAUCCACAAGCCCCAGGAUGGCUUCACGCAGUGGUGCGAGCAGAUGCUGCACGUCCUGAACAGCUCCAGCAACCUCGACGUCCCCACAGUGGUGGCGUUCCUGAAGGAGAUGGAGUCCCCGUACGAUGUUCACGACUUCAUCCGCUCCUACCUGGGCGACACGGUGGAAGCCAAAGAGUUUGCCAAGCAGUUCCUGGAGCGGCGCGCCAAGCAGAAAGCCAGCCAGCAGCGCCAGCAGCAGCAGGAAGCCUCAUGGCUCAGCUCCGGCAACCUGCCCUCCCCGUUCCCGGCCAACCACGGCACCAAACAGCCGCCCUUUGAGGGCAGCCAGCCAGUGAAGAUCAAGAGGAGACCGGUCAUGCUCCACGCUGACCCCAGCAUCCUGGGCUAUUCGCUGCACGGCCCGGCAGGCGAGGUGGAAAGCAUUGAAGACUACUGAAGUCUCGUAGCAAUAGGAACUCUGCUGCCUUCUUAACCGAUUCAGUCUUACCUGAAUGUGCACUGCGAAAGGAUGAGGCGGCCGUGCUGGGCCCUCCCCUUUCCUCUGCCCCCCCCCCCCGGCGAGCGGGGGGCACCGGGGCUGGCGGGGGGGGGACAGGGUGGCGCAUGCGCUCAGAUCGGGGCGCCGGCGACCCGCCUUCAGAAGAGGAGUAUGUGUGAGCACUUCUUUCUCGAACACACGAAGCACCUUAAAAUGCAACCCGCUGAUGCACUUUAUCGAGACUUUUUACAAAGAACUCAUUAAAAAAAAAAAAGGAAAAAAAAAGGAUUUUUUUUGGUGAUUCUGGAGGAAAUUUUUAUAAAGAAACUUUAAAAAAAAAAUCGCUCUAGGAAACACUGUUAUUUUCACAUGGGGACGAGGAGAGACGUGAAAAUUUGCAAAGGGGAGAAAAGAAGAUUUCAUUAAAAAAAAAAACAAAAAACCACACAAAAAUAGCAAAACUUGAA